AUGUGUGACGGAGAAUUAGAUGCUCUUAGCAGUGCUAGGAACAGAUCCGAAUUACUUAUUGCUGUUCAAAAUGCUCUACAGUGUGUGUCGUCACCGGAAAAGUUACCAUUUGUGAAAUAUCGCAUGCUCACUGAGUUAAUUAACAUCUUUCAUCCUUCUUCAAUUGGCCUUUUGACAGCAAAUGAAUUCAAGGAGUUGUUUACAGCACUGUUCCGUUCAGCUCCUGUAGACGAUGCUUUCCUGGUUUUAAUCAGUGCCUUAAAUUCUUGUGAUAGUUCCCAAAUGUUUCGCUUGCAGCAUAUAAUAAUUCUAUUAAACGAUCUGGAGAAGACACGCCUAGAAUCAUUACUUGUGGACAGCAUUAAAAAAGAUCCGGAUGAUGUGGACUGGAAUGCUAAACAGGGGGAAUUAUGCAGACUUUUGGGUCAAACUACAUGUUUGGUGCACAAUGUUUUCGGAAAUUUCCAUCUUUCAAAUUUGGUCAAGUCAAAUGACGCAUUUCUGAAGGCUUAUUUAAACAAUCACUGGAUUUAUUUAUUGAAUUCACUUAAAGCUGCUCUCAUGAAUGCAGUGAUGAGAUGUCGAAAUGGAAAGAAUGUGAACAUGGAAUUCCUCGCGGGAAUCACUUAUGAGUUGAGCCGCGGAGAUAUUGUUACAUUUCGGACACUAGUAACCUGGUUAGGAUCUCAGGUAGAUGAUACGAUUUGGGGUAGUAUUAGCGCGAGACUGCUUACGGACACUUCGAACGGUAUAGCUAAUUCAGAAAGCCUACUCACACUUACUCUACUUGCAGCAAAGGAUGGCGAAAUUCUACAGAAAUUGUUUGGUAAUGAAAUAUACGAAAACCGAAUAGUGAGAAGGGUUUUCUUUGAGAAAGCGCUUUUUGUCAAAAUCUUUCCUUUGACAGAACAAGUUCCUGAAAAAUUGGCUAUUUGUUUGCAUUUCGGCAAUCACGAGUCCUGUGGUGAUGGGCCGUGGAGCAUGUUGCAUCGGGAUACUAUCUAUACGGCUCUAAAUGUAUGGGCCAGCAGUAUCCAUGUCAGUCACUCUUCUGAUGAACAGUUGGAUUAUAUUGAUGUCGUGCUUCUCAACUUUGUUAAAUACGCAAACGAGCAAAUACGUUGUUCUAUUUCAUCCGAAGUUGUUACUAAAAUGGCUUCUGGUGUCAACAUCCGUCUCAAGUGCUCAGAUAUUCGGCGUAGGCUAAGAGGAAUGUUUGUGGCAGAAGUGCUUACGGACUGGUUUUCGUUGGGUGAGCUGAAAUUUGAAUUCCCUCCUGAAGCAGAUAAAAUCACGGUAGACUUGAAGAAGGUUGUGGACGAUAAAUAUGAUACUUAUGUGAAAGCUACCAAAACUGAGAGUGAAGAGAAGAAAGUAAUGCAACUAGAAAUACAGGAUGUGGGGGAUGAUGCAGACAAAGUGGAUAGUGAUGAUGAUGAUUUCCCCGAAUAUGAAAUUCCUGAAGAAGAAUUGUUCUUGAAAAAGGAAGAAAAUGAUGAUGAUUAUCACAGUGUAGAGGUACCAUACUAUAUUAGAGAUUGUAUUGAGGGACUGAAUGAGCAACACGAUUAUGUCAAAUUUGAGGCUGCAUUCGACGCACUGGAACCGAUGAUUAGACAACGAGCUGUUGGUUAUGAACAGUCUGCGGAGGAGUUACUAUGCCGACUUAUCGAUCUUAGUGAUCACUUCAAAACCGAACGUUUCCAGGAGAAACGACUACAGCUUAUUGAAUCUUGUUUAGUGACAAGUCCACAUCUGGGGAAUGUUGCUAUUGAUAUCAUGUUUUCAAGAAAAUGUUCCAUGACAAAUAGGUACAUCAUUUUAAAGGCUCUGUCCGACGCAGCAUCGGAAUAUUCAUCUCCAACGCAAGUUGAAAAUUUUGACACCAGAAUUCCAAAGAAUGAAGGUGAGGGAAGAGAUUCGGAAUUAUUGAGUAGGAUUCUGUUCUGUAUGGGUCAUUUGAUCAGAUGUUCUGGCACUUCACCAUGUACAGUUAAAAUGGCUAGUACCUUGGCUUAUUUGCUUGUUCCGCUUCGACAUAAUACGAAUUUUGCGGUGAGACAAGCUGUACUUUUUUGCUAUACUUCUAUUUGUAUCUCCUUAUCGAGGGAGAUAGUACUGCAAUUCUAUUCAGACGAAUUAAUCGAUUGGUUGGAGUAUGCAAUGAAGCUAGCCGAAGCUGAUCCAUCGACAGAAUGCAGACAAAUAGCGCAAAUGGCUGCUGAAACGAUUGCUGUAGUUAUUUCUGUGGGCGAUUGA